CUGCAUUUUUUGGCAUAUCACAUACUAUCGAUCUAUAAAUGUAUCUCUGACAAAAAAUUUAUGUGUAUAAAUAAUAAUAGUAAAUAAUACAAUUUGUUGCGGAAUAUUAAGAUUUUAUGAAGAAUAAUAUUUAUUUUCGAAUUUUUCUUAAAAAAAAGCUUAAAAAUGGAUGAAGAUAUACGUACAUUAUGGUGUGGAAAUUUAAGUGAACAAGUUACAGAAGAUAUUCUUUAUGAAUUAUUUUUACAAGGUGGUCCAAUACAAAAAGUUGCCAUACCUAAAGAUCGUGACGGAAAGCAAAGAACUUACGGUUUUGUAACAUAUAAACAUGUUAGUUCUGUAUCCUACGCGUUAGUUUUGUUUAACGGAACUAAACUAUUUAAUCGGCUCAUUAACAUGAAAACAAGAAAUAAAGUAGAAUCAUCGGAAGUAGAAAAACAAAGACAAGAACAUAUUUAUAAUUUGAAUCAUUUACUUCAAUUGGGUCAACAAACAUUUAUAGGGAACCUUAUGUCGAAUGCAGGUUCGGACAUAUUACCUAUGAACGUAUCACCGAACACAGUUACCUGUAGUGGAAAAAUUGAUAAUCAUCGUGACGACAGACAUUCUAGAAGAAAUCAUCCUUAUCAUCGUGAUCAUGAAAAUAAUAGACGCGAUCAUCAUAAAAAUCAUAAACCUUAUAGAAACAGAAGUCAUUCGAAUAGUAGCCGUUCGAGUGAUUAUUCUAAACAUAGUAAUUAUAAAAAUAAUAGAAAACAUUACCAUUAAUAUUUUGUAUAAAUACAAAUUUAAUAAAAUAACACAUGUAUAUAUAUUAACUUUAACAAAUUUUUAAUUUUUAUUAAAGAUACGUACAAUAGAUUACUAAUAAUGAUAUUAAUUAAAGAAAUUCAAAUUAUUAUAAGUAACAAAAUUUAUUGCAAAUCUUAAACGUAUAACAUAAAAGAGAUGUAUUAUUACAAUACCUUAAAUUGUGUGACUGUUCAUUUCUUAUUUUUUUCAAAAUAUCAACAGCUUUCUUUGCCAUCAUUAUAAGAGCACCAUUUAUAUUGCCACUGGGCAAAGAUGGUAGCACAGACGCAUCCACUACAUAUAAAUUUGUUGUAUUAUAUACCCUAAAAUAAUUGUUUCUUUUUUAUAGAACAAAUCAACAAUGAAAAUAAAUAAUUAAAUAUAUUAAUAAA